UGAUAGAUGGCCACAAACAAAGAGUUCACUCAUAUGUUUAUGUCUUGUCUCAGAUGUUAUAUGUACUGCCUUCACAUAUGAUAGAUUUUUUUACAAGAAUAUUUGACCACGGUUUAAUCUUUGGCAUACGGUUCAAUGACGACGCCACACUCAAGAAGGCACAGCUUGUACGUGGUGACGUCAGGUGGUGUUUUGACGUUCAGUGUCACUGCGCCGUCAACCUGAGAGGCCAGGACAAGGAUUGCUGUCCCGCGUAGCACAGACAAAUUUUCAUCAUGGCAUUGAGGAGCGCUGUGUGCCGUCUCUUGGUCAACCCUCAGAGAUGUGCCAUCAUCUCAGCUUCCAGAGCACAGGCAACUGCAGCACCUGCCAGAUGGGAUGCAGAGAAGACUGAGCAGAAGUCGAAAGCACCAAAGGUCCAGUUCAACUGGCAUGAUGCCCUGAACCUGGAGGGCCAGCUGACGGAGGACGAGAUCAUGAUCAGAGACUCCUUCCGGACCUACUGCCAAGAGAAACUCAUGCCUCGCAUCAUUAUGGCAAACAGAAAUGAAGUGUUCAACAGAGAAAUUGUGUCAGAGAUGGGAGAGAUGGGUGUCCUGGGCCCAACCAUUAAAGGUUAUGGCUGUGCUGGGACAAGCUAUGUGGCCUAUGGUUUGAUCGCCAGAGAAGUAGAGAGAGUGGACAGCGGCUAUCGCUCAGUCAUGAGUGUGCAGUCGUCACUGGUCAUGCACCCCAUUAAUGCCUAUGGCACAGAGGAGCAGAAACAGAAAUACCUCCCCAAGCUGGCUCGUGGAGAGAUCCUGGGUUGCUUUGGCUUGACGGAGCCUAACCAUGGCAGUGACCCCAGCAGCAUGGAAACCAGAGCCAAAUACAAUCCAUCCAGUCGCACCUACACUCUCACAGGCUCGAAGACCUGGAUCACAAACUCCCCAGUGGCGGAUGUUGCUGUAGUCUGGGCCAAAUGUGAUGAUGGGAAGAUCCGCGGCUUCAUCUUGGAGCGUGGCAUGAAGGGCCUCUCAACACCUAAGAUUGAGGGAAAGUUCUCCCUGAGAGCCUCCGCCACUGGUAUGAUCCUCAUGGACGAGGUGGAGGUUCCUGAGGAGAACCUGCUGCCUAAAGUGUCCGGCCUCGGGGGUCCCUUUGGCUGCUUGAACAACGCUCGUUACGGUAUUGCAUGGGGCGCUCUGGGUGCUGCAGAGUUCUGUUUCCAUGCCGCUCGACAGUACACGCUCGACAGAAUCCAGUUCGGCGUGCCACUGGCAAGGAAUCAGCUGAUGCAGAAAAAAAUGGCCGACAUGUUGACAGAGAUCACCAUCGGCCUACAGUCCUGUCUGCAGCUGGGAAGACUCAUCGAUGAGAAAAAAGCGGCCCCAGAGAUGAUAUCAAUGCUGAAGAGGAACAGCUGCGGUAAAGCCCUUGACAUCGCCAGGCAGGCCAGAGACAUGCUGGGAGGAAACGGCAUCUCAGAUGAGUACCACAUCAUCCGCCACGUCAUGAACCUGGAGGCUGUCAACACAUACGAAGGUACUCAUGACAUCCACGCCCUGAUCCUGGGCAGAGCCAUCACGGGACUGCAGUCCUUCACUGUGGACAAAUAGAUCCCACCUCUUACUGCUGCUCCCAACCAGCAGGACACUGCUGUCAGAAAUUUAAAAAGGGCUAUUUUUCUACUCUCAAUCACAACACUAAAGCAGAGAUUUCUUUUCAGCUCCCUAUUUCCCAGUUGUAUAGACAAAGUAAAAUGAAUUGUAUAGACUUUCAUGGACAAUACUGUAGUGAAGUAUUAACAGUUCUGAAUGAGGUCAAGAUUUAGAUUUGCUGCUGGUUAAUACUGGCAAUGUUAAUACUGUAAUUAUAUAACAACAAAGCAUAAAUGGCUACAACUUG